CCGCAGGUGUCCCGGAGUUACCUCUUCUUUUGGCGUUUCUAUUUUUUUUUUUUUUUAGUGUGAAACUGACUGCACCCGCAAAACCCUGAUUUGUCUCUUCAAGUUAUCUGCGUGUGGCAGGUCCAGUUUUCCUCUCCGGGGCGUUUCUUUUAAAAAAAAACAUCAAAACGGAGCCGAACGAGGACGACGGACAACGACCCUCUCUCACUUCUGCAAUCAUGAUGUCGAUGAACAGCAAGCAGCCUUUCAGUAUGCACCCCAUCCUGCACGAACCCAAAUACACUCCUCUGCACUCCAGCUCCGAGGCCAUCCGCAGAGCCUGUCUUCCCACACCGUCGCUUCAGGGCAACAUCUUCGCCGGCUUUGAUGAGACGUUGCUGCAGAGAGCCGAGGCUCUGGCCGCCGUGGACAUUGUUGCACAGAAAAGCCACCCGUUCAAGCCAGACGCGACCUACCACACCAUGACCACAAUGACCAGCAUGACCUGCACCCCGACUUCCUCUUCCGCACACCUGCACCACCCGUCAGUGCUCACCUCCCAUCAUCACCCGGCGCACCACCAGCCGGCGCAGGGCUUGGAGGGCGACUUGUUGGACCACCUCACGCCGGGUAUUUCUCUCGGAGGAAUGCCUGGCUCAGACGUCUGUUCCACGGCCUCACAUACAGCUCACGCCGCCGCCCACAUGUCGGCCAUCAACCACAUGCAGCACCACCACCAUCCACAAUCCAUGAACAUGCAUCCUCACGGGUUGGGCUCCCACAGUUCCCUGGGGACGGUCGGUGGAGACGCGGAGCCUGAUCCCCGGGAAUUGGAGUCUUUUGCAGAAAGGUUCAAACAAAGGCGGAUCAAACUUGGGGUGACUCAAGCGGACGUGGGGGCGGCCCUGGCCAACCUUAAGAUCCCCGGGGUCGGGUGUCUCAGCCAGAGUACCAUCUGCAGGUUCGAGUCCCUUACGCUGUCGCACAACAACAUGGUGGCUCUGAAGCCCAUCCUGGAGGCCUGGCUAGAGGAGGCGGAGCGGGCACAGAGGGAGAAGAUGACCAAGCCAGAGCUGUUUAACGGGGGAGACAAAAAGAGGAAACGCACUUCUAUCGCCGCACCUGAGAAGCGCUCUCUGGAGGCUUAUUUCGCUGUGCAGCCGAGGCCCUCAUCCGAGAAAAUCGCCGCAAUCGCCGAGAAACUGGACCUGAAAAAGAACGUGGUCCGGGUUUGGUUUUGCAAUCAGAGGCAAAAGCAGAAACGAAUGAAGUUUUCUGCAACGCACUAAGACCAGCAAAGCCGGGGAUCUCUGCCCCGAUUACAAAAAAGACAAAUCAGAGACAUGCUGCUGCUGCACACUGUCAGAAAAACAAGGUUCACCGUUGUGCCUUUUGCUACUAGGGCAGAUCCUGUUUGACACCCGGCCGGGACCCAUAGGUGCACACUUAAUAAAACCAAGUCACAUAGCCUCUCAUCAAGUGUUAUUGCAGAGUACGGUCAUUGUCUUGGUUCUUCAGAUAGAAGAUGCUCAUUAACUGGUUUUGCUUUGCAGAAUGAAUAAAUAAUAUGGCAUUGAAAAUGUAAUUAUUUAUUUUACUGAAAAAAACAAACACUUUUUCUAACUAAAGAAUGGACGAAAUUUGUGAGUUUUUAAAAUUUUGUUCCUGUUUUUUAAGAAUCAUCACAAGGAGCAGAAUUCACAGCCGUGUGUUUGUUUGCACCAGCGCCUGAACUGCAGAUAUGGAAACGAUUUCAUACAAAGUAUUCGACACGGGCAGCGGCGUUUUGCUUUUGAAGCAAAUGCAAAGAAACAGGUCUGUGGAGUGUUUCAGUAUUUUAGGUUUGGAUGGGAGACACUUGAUGACUAUUCGCCGCUCAGUAUAAACCGGGACUUCUAAUAAGUUCAGCCUCAGCAGCCACAAAAAAUAACCGGAUACAACGGUGUACCUUCUUUAUUCUGACAGUGGAGACGGAGCAUUGGGACUGGGAGAAAAAAAAAAAAAGACUGAGACCCUGUCCAAAAACUCGAGACUCUUAAAUCUUUAUUCUUCUCCACAGAAUAGGCUAUUGCUCCCUUGAGAUGUGGGAGAAAGUGAGCAUUGCGGCAGAAAAAGAGGGGGAACAAUGCUCCGUCCCAUUCAUUCACAUGGCAAUUAUUGUACUAAAGAAAAUAAAAAAAAUAAUAAUAAUGACGGCAAUUGAGGAAUAAUAAUUAUUAUCCUCAGUAGC